AUGUUUUAACUUUUCCACUUAAAGAUAUUUCUGUAGUUCGCGAAAAGAAGGAAUUCAGUACAAUUGAAAAGCCCAAGUUGCCAGGUGGAGAAACUCCAGAAUAUAUAAAACAGAUAUUUAUGGAGCAACUAAGAGACUAUUGCAUCGUGAAGUUUAAUUACUCCAACUAUUCUUUGGAAAGCAGGAAUCCUGUUACAGACAGCCAAGUUCGAAAGGCAAUUUAUGAAGUCGAUAUGGAACCGAAAACUUCUCUGGAAAUACUUAGUGCGGAUAAUAAAUUUUUUACCGAUCCUAAUGUUAUUAGCAAAAGUCUCACAAAUGUAGAAAACUACAAAAUUCCUCGUACUGUUACCAGAUACGAAGUUUUCUCCUUAUUCAAUCUCCUGAUUAGCGAGACUCAAACUUUUGACAAAACGCAUCGGAACCAAGCCGAAGAGUUGGAGCGGCGUUGCGGAAACUUUUGUCUUGCGUUUUCAUCCCCGAAGAAUCAGAAGCGAAUCAGAGUCGAAAUAUUGGGCGUUGAGUUGCUUCCGAAGUGCGAUAUUGAGCCUCUGCACGUUUCUGUGGCUCUUCAUGAUCUCGAUGGGCGAAGUAAAAUUAGCGAAUCUUUUUACCCAAACGUGAACACGGACGCUCUUGCUGCUUUAUUAACCAGAAACCAGCACGGAACGGUGGAUGCCGCCACCAAGGCGACCUCCGCAAUCUUCACUUAUACCGCUGGUGCAAGCAAGUAUCUUAUAGUAAAGGCCUACAGGGCCUCUAUAGGAAAUGUGUACGAUCCCUACUCCCGCGAUAGCGAAAACGCGAAGGCCAUCGCUAAGCAUAUUUCUGUCGUGGAGGCUACAAUUUCGCGGGUGGGCGUGUUGUGGCAGCCGUUUUUUUGGUGCUUCCUGCCCCUUUCAGACCUCAACAGCCAUCGCGGGGAGGCCAUAUAUGCUGUCAAUACGCUUUAUAGGCAAGAUCCGUCCUCCAACUUCGAAGAAAAGGACAUCUACAAGCUCAUAUCGGAGGAGUCAGCUAAGAGGAUGGGGUCUUUAAAAAAGCACAAGAUUCUACCAGGCACGUUGAAGCUGACCAUCAUUCGAUUGGAAGAGGGCGACAACGUGCCUAAUUGUGUUGAUCCCAUGAUGCGGCCCUUGUCCCCCUCAAGUGGGCGCGCUGGCGUUGUGCGGAUUAUUCAAGACUUUACCUCGGAUCCCAAAGCCGGCAUGGAGUUAAUGAACUGCUGCUAUGUCUACCCGCAGAACCUCGACUUCGAGAGCGUGAUUCUCUUUAAAAAUUUUAGAAAUCUCGUACUAAAGUUUGAAGUUUUUGAUAGCGACUCCUCUACUGCCGUUCCUCUUUCGUUAAUCUACGGGACUAUGCAAGGCCGCGCGCUUGUUAAGCACGUUUUCUCGACCGUAACCUACCACAACCGCUUUCCCAGCUACCACGAUGAGAUAAAAGUUUGUCUGCCUCUAGCGCUUGCUCCCCGCCUGCACAUCAAAGUUACCAUCUACCACGUGCAUAUCAAAUCAUCCAAAAGGCAUGAUGCCGACCCUCUUGAGCUUAUCGGAUUUUCGGUCUUGCCUCUAGUAACCAAUCAGCACUGUUUAAUCGAGGAUGGUGCUUACAGCCUACCGGUGGCCUUAGAACUUCCCGACCAAUACCUGCGCUAUUGCCCCCUCGGCCAGUUGACCAAUCAAGCAUCUUCUCCAAUCGCCUGGUUGGGUGACGGUCGUCCUCUUUUUUCAUUAACCUUCCGGGCUUAUACCACCCUUCACGUGCAGAAUUCGACUUUGUUGACGGUUUUCCAAAGCGACGGUAGCAUUAAAUCUCGUAGUUUAGUGAGAAAAGAAGGUCCCCUUGACGCGGCCCCAAAUUUGGAGCAUCUGUACGGUUUGCAGUAUGUCCCGAAAAACCAAUUGAGCCGCUUUCUCCUGGUUCUCCUAAAGAAGCUGCUUAGUAUCAUUAGCUGCAGUGACCACGAGACACUCCCGCAGGGCGCCACCACUGCGUUUCUGAACGUGCUGAACAUAGUUAACGAGUCCGGGGGUCGUAGCAAAUGUCUCGACAACUUCGUUAAAUACGGAUUUUCUAAUUUUUCUGGCGAAAAUUCAUAUCUUUUCGAGAGGCUCAUUACCAUUUGGCGAGAUUUUCUGUCUUCCGGGAGCCAGGAGGCCGAAAAUCUUACUCUCAGACACUCGUGGUUCUUAUUUGAACUUAUCGAAAAGAGCGCCAUCUUGUACUUAGAAGAAAAGAACCUGUUUACGGGACCUCGCAAAGGCCGCUUUACCAACCAUGUGACCGCCAAUUUCGAGGCUCUUAUUUCCUUAUUCAGUAAAAAAGUUUACCACGUCGUUAUGUCGGACUCGCAUUACCUUCUCGGGCAAAGCCUGAAUCGCAACCUCGCCUUCUUCCUGCGGAACUGUCUCUCGUAUAUGGACCGCACGGUGGUCUUUGAUCUUAUUCAGCAACACGUGGCCAUUCUGUCGGCUGAUCAGCAUCCGUCCCUUCUUGAAAAUAAGACUUCUUUUAUGCAUGUCGUGCUUAUGUACGAGCACUACUUGCCCAUGUGCCUUCCGCUCCCAACAACUAUUAAAACCUCUGAACUGACCGUCACCAAUCCUCUGUUCCUGGAGCGCCACGGCCUUCUCUCGUUGCUGAUGAGCGAGCUGCCUAAGCACCUCUCCGAACACGUGCUGGACAGACCUAAACGGAGCCGCCCCUUUUUGAUGUUCUUACAAGUUAUUAAAGCUCUUUUUCGCAAAGUAUUUUUUGACGAGCGUCACGCGAACAUGAAGCUAAAGCACAGAAUUGCUUGCUUGCAUUUCCCUCUUGUUCCUUUUGUUUUGGAUAAUUCUGCAAAGUUGUUACACACUUCCAGCGCAGGAGCUCCUGAUGUGGGUUCUACUUUAAAGUUUGCCAGCACUGAAACUCUUCCUUGCCUGUCCGAUCUUUUGGACUUGAAAGAAUCGCGAGACCUUUGUCUUCUGUUUCUCUCUUUGCUUUGCUACUUGGAGAAGGACUUUAUCGUCGCUUGGCUUCAGGAGGAGAGUGUUAUACGGAAGGAGGCGCUCGCUUCCGUCCUGGAGGCAUGUGUUUACCACUUUAACUAUUCCGGAAAGGACGCUGUUGUCUUUUCACUUUUAAAGAAGGAAGGUUCUGAUAAAAAGAAGGUUUCUGCCGAGCUUGCCAAAGUCACGCUUUCGGAGACCUAUGAAAAGUGUCGCCCUAAUAUAUCUAUUAGUAUUAUAAUGUGCUUUCUGUAG